UCGAACGAAACGUCGUUGUCGUUGGCUGUGUUUUGCGCUCUGCCAAGAGGAAUGUUAUGACGUGCAGUAACUGUCUUUGUUUCAAUAACAUUCACGUAGUUUUACAAUCGCAUAUAAGUUGAAAUAAUGUGAUGUAUCGGGUCGGUUGUAGUGGCCCGGCGUGAUUGUGACAUGAAUUUUCCCAAAGCAUGAUCGUGCCAAUCGAAGUCGUUAGCAUAGUUAGGUGUCGUCGGUUAAGUUUUGUGAAUGUCGUGCCAAUAAUGAGAUAGUGGUGUGUUGUGAUGUGGUUGUGGGACAUGUGGGGGGUGUUGUGGUGCGUGGAGGCGCUGGCGCGGCUGGCGGCGGCGUCGCCCCUGGAGCCCGCACGGCCCGUGCCAGGGUUGCUGCCAGGGUCGUCGCUGACACCGUUCGUGCGGCACUGGCAGCCGGCUGCGUACGCGCCGCUGCACGCGCGCCGACGCCGCGACUCAGCGCGCCCCGCCCGCGCCCCGCCCCCCAACCCGCUGCGGCUCACCUUCACAGCACACAACAGGGAGUUCAAGCUGGUGCUGGUGCCGGAUCCUAGCUCGGUGUUCGCGGAUGGCGCGCAGUUCCACUCCUCCAGCGGGCCUCUGCACUACGACACCGCACACGUCUACUCCGGACACCUCGAAGAUGACGAGUUAUCUCAUGUGUACGGAGUCAUAACGGCGGACGGGCUCUUCGACGGAACAAUUUGGACUCCGACAGAGGAGUAUUACGUGGAGCCUUUGUCGCGGUACAACGUGGACCACCACCCAUCCAUGCACAGCGUGAUCUACCGGCGUUCCGACGUGGACCACCCCAACGAGAACGGUGAGACUCCGUGCGCGUCGCACCUCCUCCACGUCAAGAGGACCCUCGGACAGAACGGAGAACUAUUCAACUUCACUGACAACGGUGAUUUAGAAGAAAUCUCCAUACGCAAUUACACAGAGGAUCUUGGCAGCGAAAUAAACAGACGCAAGAAGCGAUGGCUCCCCGACGACCAGAUGCAGGACGACGAGCCAAAGAAGAAUCCAGAUUUACCUUUAGACUUAGACGUCCCAUACACGAGCAACAGCGAUCCGUUCGAGAAGUUUAGCACGAGGAAGCCGAAGACGAAGAUUGAUAAGAGCAACCUCAUAACUAAAGUGCGACUUGACUCCGAGGAAUCUAGACCGAAACCAAAGACGCAUGUUGAAGUGAUAAAGACUAAAGCAGGUGUAGUGACAGUUAGUAAAGACAUUGUAAAGAAGGAGCCUGUAGGGUAUACAGUGUUGACGGCAAACGGCACUGACGAUGGUAGACACGUGAACAAGAGGGCAACGGUGGACCCGAGGAAGACCACUUGCCUGGUGUACCUGCAGGCCGAUCAUAUGUUCUACCAGAGGUACGGGUCGGAGGAGGCGUGUAUUGAAGUCAUGACGCGACAUGUACAGAAAGUCAAUGCCAUAUACAAAGUCACUGACUUCAAUCAAGACGGGAAGCCAGACAACAUCACUUUUAUGAUCAAAAGAAUAAAGGUACACACGUUAGACGCUUUGAAGGACCCAGCGUACAGAUUCCCGAACAAUUAUGGUGUUGAGAAGUACUUGGAACUUUUCUCCGAGGAGGACUAUGACGCGUUCUGCCUCGCGUACAUGUUCACGUACCGGGACUUCGAGAUGGGAACGCUGGGGCUCGCCUGGACGGGGGACCUCAAGAACGCGGGUGGCGUCUGCGAGAAGAAUGGGCACUAUCGAGGCAGCAUGAAGUCCCUGAACACGGGCAUCGUGACCCUUCUGAACUACGGGAAGCACGUGCCGCCGGCAGUCUCGCAUGUCACUCUUGCGCACGAGAUCGGACAUAACUUCGGAUCACCGCACGACCCAGAAGUUUGCACCCCCUUCGGCGAGGAUGGCAACUACAUAAUGUUCGCGCGAGCCACAAGUGGGGAUAGAAAGAAUAACAACAAGUUUUCACCGUGCUCUCUGAGGGCCAUCGACCCCGUGCUCAACAACAAGGCUCGCUCGCCUAAAGGAUGCUUCACAGAGCCGCAACCAGCGAUCUGCGGUAACGGCGUCGUAGAAGAAGGCGAGGAGUGUGACUGCGGCUGGGCCUCGGAGUGCACGGAUGUGUGCUGCCGCCCGCAGGCGGCACGCCCGCACUACAAGCCGUGCACGCUCACUGAACACAGCGUCUGCAGUCCUAGCCAGGGUCCCUGCUGCACGGCGUCGUGUACCCUCAAGUUCGGCGACAAGUGUCGCUCCGACAACGGGUGUCGCGACGCGGCGCAUUGCGACGGCAAGCGCGCUGCCUGCCCCGCUAGUAGACACAAGCCUAAUAGGACCAGAUGUGAUAAGGAACUUGUUUGCUAUAUGGGGGAAUGCACCGGGUCCAUCUGUCUGGCUUACGGCCUGGAGUCGUGUCAGUGUGCACCCCGCAAGGACGACCCGCGUUCCGCUUGCGAGCUAUGCUGUAGGAAACCUGGCGGCCCGUGCCUAUCCUCAUUUCACUGGAACACGCCUCCCUUCGAUGUGCCAGACAUGUACGCCAAACCUGGCACACCUUGUAAUGAUUAUAACGGAUAUUGCGACGUGUUCCAACGCUGUCGCGAAGUGGACCCCUCCGGGCCUUUGGCGACGCUGCGCAAGCUGUUACUGUCAGAUGAAAGCAUCGCUGGCUUCAAGAGAUGGGUGGUGAAGCACUGGUACGCAGUGCUGUUAAUACUACUGGCUGUUAUUGCUUUGCUGGUGGCGAGUACCCGAUUUUUGGGUCGACACGGCAAAAAGCUCAAAUCUGUCACAAUUAUACAUUCCUCGACCACUGAAACCGUCCGAUUGCCUGACGCGGCUGCCGAUCAGGGGUUGAUAGUUCAUACUGCUGUCAGGUCAAAACUUCCGCUUAAAAAGAAAGUGGCUCUGCGUACACGCGCAUACCGUAACAAGAAGGAUCACAAAACUAAACAAGGAGACAAAGCGUCACCCUCUCAUGGUGCCAAUAAGAAGAGAAAGCCAAGCAAUUCCCCGAAGCCAGAAGAAGGUCACAAAGUCACAAAAGAAAGUACAGCGGUCGUCACAAACGCUGAGGGCAAAUCCCCGAAACACGUCAUCCUAUCCAAACACAAAGGCAAAGUCAAAAAGCGCAAAACUAAAGUCAAGAAGGAGACUAUCGACUACAGCUCCAUGCAGAAACAUCCUUCGUCGCCAACAAAAGAUACCGAAGCUUUAACUAAAGUCCAGAAAUGGCUCCUAAGUUCGCCACAACCAACAGUGAUACCUAAAUCCAAAUCUAUACCUUUAGGCCUCACAGAAAGAACUCAUAGACAAGUACAGAAAGGAACCAGAAAAACCAGACCGUCCAAAAGUGCAACUAACCUACUGUCUGGCGAGAAGACCAGACUUCAAGUUGUUUUCAAGCCACCCUUCAGAUUCAGUCUCAAAAUUUGCAAGAGUGACAAAACAAAAGUUGUUCUGGACAAGUCUUCGAAGCCUGACGUGGAUAGGAAGCGUUUAGAUGUCGCUCCUCAACAUACUUCCUCCGCAGAAGUCGCAAAACCAAUUCCUGCCAAUAAUAAAGCCCCUAAGCAUUCCAACUCCACCAGGAGUAUGGUAGAAAACUCAAACCUAAGUCCUCCAAAAGUGGAAAAGUCACAAAACCAAGAAGCCGGAGACCACGGGUAUGCCAAUUUAUUGCCUCGUAGUGCCAGUGAUUGUAAGUUAGGAAAGAAAAUGCCAGAAAUGAAAAUUAGAAGUGGACAUAAAAAGAGCAACUCGGUCGGACAGAAGAAGGAAACUAGUGAGAGUAGACAGAAUCUUAUAGUUCCAGAGGACCCGGAUAACAACGCACACGUGUAUGAAAAUAUUCUAAUGUCGCAGGAAGCUUUCGUUCCGAAGAGUUGCAGCAUGCCGCGACGACAAACAACCGUCGGCAUAUCUCGACAGAGCAGCUACGGCCAUCUACCUCGAGCUCAGAUCCGCCCCCACAGACAUAGUACAAACAACGUAAACAGGUCACGGAAUAACAGCACAUCUGAUUUGGAACACUUUUACAAUGUCAUAGAGACAUUGAGACGGGACAACCCAAACACUAACUCGUGUAAUACUAACACAAGCAGCUCGUCUGGUAGCAGCCGGCACGAGUCAGCUUUAUUGAAGGGCUCUUCUCGGGGGAACAGAACGUCGCGGCAGAAUAGUCUAGUCGAUAAACCUUUGCGUUCCAGCCCUACUGAGGCGACAAAUAAGUUAAAGCGGCAGCUCAGCGAGAUAGAACUUGGGAAAUCGCAGGCGGACAUGAAAGGGUUUCAACUCGUCGUGGGCAAGAACAAGUUGCAGCGGCAGUUGAGUGACAACGAGCUAUGCAGGUCUCGCGUGCAGCUGGCGAUGCCGAUGUCUGCGGGCGCGGAGCCGCGGCAGCAGUUCUGCUGGAACAAGCGCGCCAGCCUCGACUGCGAGGCGUCCCUCCCUGCCGGCCCCACGCCCGCUGCUAGGCUCUCCAGCCGCAACAAGAAGCGCACCACUUACACCUUCGGAGAACUCAAGAACACCGUCCCUAACGCGACAGACGCGCCCACAGACGACGUCCAUAUCUCCCCAGAGGAAUUUCUCAAAAUCAUCGACAAUUAGUACAUUCCACAUAUUAUGUGGUAGGUAGUUAUUUUGAAACUAUGAACUAAUCAAUGUGUAUAUUAGGAUAUUCGCAUUAAGCAUAAGCCGGCUGAUGUAAAUACUGUAAUUUGCUUUUUAUAUUUAGGACUAACGUUGCCACUGAAACAGACCAUCGCUCAGUUUUAGUUCAGUUAGUAAAGUGCAUAAAUACAUAAGUACAGUAGUCAAAGUUAGUAAAGUUAGUUUCUUCAUACUGUUCGCAAACGACUUAUGAAUAUUUCUAUUUACUAUAAAAAGUACAGCAAUUACGUAGUAAGUACAUAGAUAUGUGAUUUACUGAACACCUUGUUUGGACCGCUAGCAAUGGUCUAGUUUCACUGAUCGAUCUCUAUAAAUGAAUCUCUAUUUUUUCUACAUGCUAUGUAUUGUACAAAUUUACUCAUACCUAUUUAAAGUGUUCAUGUAAUAUUUUAAAAUAUUUUCUAGUUAUUUUUAUUUUCUUUACGUUUUCUAACGUGCUUCGUACAAUAAAAACGUAUUGUUAUUUUUUUAUAUAGCUGUCAAUUAUCGAGUCAAUCUGUUUUGUCGUAAUAGAUGUUUAACUCCACACCAAAAUGCUGAAAAUACAAAUUGUAAAUAAUUAAUUGUAAGGUUAACAUAGGAUUCCAACUUACGUCUCUUGUGAAGUCUUAUUGGGGGCUAGAUAUAGUGCCAACAAGUGGUGUAUAACUGCAUAUUUAUUGGUCAAAAUCUCCAACAAAUAUGUUUCCACUGUAUUAGAAAGAUAAAAUUGCCAAACCUUCUCUAUUGGUGUCAUGACUCAUGAUAUACUUAGAUAAGAUAUAAUUUCAAACUUACGAGAAAAGCAAAUAUAUUUUUACAACUGAUAAUAAAAAUGAAAUCACGUACAUGUUUUUUGGUUGUGAAUAAAUUCCGUAAUUACAAUCGCGAAGGAAUCCUAUGGAAACGAAACCAUUUCAAAUACAAUAAUAAAAGAAACGAACUUAAGCUGUCUUAUUGAUAAGGAUAUUUUUCUAUAAAACAUUGGACUUAACCAGAACUAACAAAAGUUAGGAUUAAUCUUAAAUUGUAAUUUUUAAGAAAAGUCAUGGCUGUUAUUCACUCCUUGAUUUCACAAAUUUAUUUCUGCAAUAUCUGGGAUGGAAUAUAUUUUACCAACGUAUUAGUACGACAAUAUUGUAGAGAAUAAAAUUAAAAGAUAGUUAAUAUGUAACAUUGUAAUAAUAAUGUCAUAAAAAAUACGCUGUUAGAAAUUGUUAGGUAUAAAUAUGUUCCCGCCUGUUUUUUUUUAUUUUUUUAUUAUUUGGGGUUUUUAAAGGUAAACUUGCAUUUUGAAAUAUAAAUUAAUGAGGAAUAUUUAAUUCUAUUUCUAUCUCAGAUAUUAAACAGACUGUGUUCCAGUAUUUUUGAGUCGUGCAAGAUGUCGCCAAGGCUUUAUGGCUGUGGCACAGUGUCUAUGAGCUUUGUCGUAGAAUGGUAAGGGUGUAAAACAUAAAAGCUAUUGUAUAAAAAAUGAUUUCUAAAACGAUACUAAAAGUAUUGGAAAUGUUACAAAUUUGUAUUUUCUUUUCUCGUUGAUACUGCAAGGAUAUUUUCUUUACUAUGUAGAUUUAAUUUUGGCAGUGUCCUUGUAAAAGCUAUAUAAUAAUUUGAAUAUAACUCUACUUUUCUUUCAACUUGUAGAUCUAUAAAUACUCUUCCUUCAAAUAUGAUUAAGUGUGUGUUAAUUGUGAAUUUAAAAAAAGAUAAUAAAUGUGAUUAGAAUCUAUGGAACUAUUUAAUGGUUUUAUAGCUCAUAAAAUUACGUAUGUUAGUAGAAUUUCCAAAUUGUAUGUCUGUUUUCUUAAUAAUACAAUUCUAUAGACUUUAUUUUACUCUGUUUCUUCGAAACUGGUGUUAAAUUAAAAUAGUCUAAACUUGUAUCUGACCAUGAUCUCGUAUUUGUUCCAAGUGCCUUAUGAACAAAUCACUGCAAUUCCAAUUACAUUCCAAACAAAUACAGCAGUUUUCAUUUUGUAUUUAAGUAUAUUAAUUUUUAAUAAUUAACAAAUUACUGCAGUCUGAUUACGUAAUAUUAUAACUUUCUUAGAUAUUAUACAAACUUUUAAUUCUUUAAUCACUCAUUUGGGAAGUCCAUACCUACGUAAAUAUUAUUUUUUGUACUUAACUUUAGUGUACGUAUCCUGUGAUUGUCUUUGUGUUUAAACUUGAGUAGGUAUUAUUCUCCAAAUCUCAUUUAACAAUAAAUACAAAUUUGUAAUAGAUUCAUUUUCUAACAUUUACUAUUUUUUUUCUGCAUUUUUUAAAGAAUUA